AUGAAAGCUAUUAAGAGAACAUUUGCUCACUGCAAAGAAGAAAACCGACCUGCCUUUGUGACUUUUGUCACAGCUGGAUUUCCUACAGUUGAAGAGGCUGUAGAUAUUAUAUUGGGAUUGGAGGCUGGGCGUGCAGGUAUGCAAUACAUGAUUUACCGUUCCACGGAUCCCUUUGCGGAUGGACCUACUAUUCAGAAUGCAAAUACCGUAUCGCUUGCAUAUAAUGUCACUAUAGAGUCAACCCUAGGGAUGAUAAAAGAAGCUCGGAAAAGAGGUCUCCGAGCACCGCUGCUAUUAAUGGGUUAUUACAACCCACUAUUGAGCUAUGGCGAGGAGCGAUUGUUGAAUGAUUGUCGUGUGGCUGGUGUAAAUGGGUUCAUCGUGGGGGAUCCUCCUCCACACGAGGCUGUAAGAUUCAGGAGUUUCUGUGCGAAGAGCGGUCAAGAAUUGCUCUGCAAACUCGCCGACUCGUUGGUCUACGUUGUAUCGCGUAUGGGCGUCACGGGUGCAACAGGUACGCUGAAUGCCGGUCUACCACAGCUAUUGAAACGAAUCAAGCAAGCAGUUGGGUUCGGUCUCAGCACAAGAGAUCACUUCUUAGGUGUGGCUAGCACAGCAGAUGGUGUUGUCAUCGGCAGCCAAAUCUUCACAACUUUGGCCGUGGCCGCUUCUGGAGAGCGGGUUAAAGCUGCCGAGGAAUACUGCGCUAGGGUAUGUGGAAGGAGAAAUUUGAAAGGGCGUCGAAUGACUCAAAAAGUGGCGUCGAAUGGAGCUCAAGAGCCAAAUGGUGAUGUGCAAGUGAAUGGUAAUGGUACCAUCUAUACAAAUGGCAACCACUCAGGACCUCUUGAUCAGAAAGAGGCGAUGAAUUCCGAGGUUGGAGAUCCAGAACUCUUUCCUGCACGCUUCGGUGAAUUUGGGGGUUCGUAUUCCCCAGAAUCACUAAUGGGAUGCCUUUCAGAAUUGGAGGCAGGUUUUGAAAACAUUCGGAACGACCCCGAGUCUUGGGCGGAGCCGGGCCAUCUCCAUGUCGCGGACCGUCUUACUGAACAUGCUGGCGGAGCCACUAUUUGGUUGAAGCGUGAGGAAUUGAACCAUACGGGAAGUCAUAAUAUAAACAGGGCUCUGGGACAGAUUCUUCUGGCUCGUUACCAGGGUAGGCCUGAAAUCAUUGCUCAGACCGGUGCUGGCAUGCAUGGUGUAGCGACUGCCACAGUCUGUGCUAAAUUUAGCAUGAAGUGCACAAUCUUCAUGGGAGCAGACGAUGUUAGGAGACAGGCAGUGAACGUGUUCAGGAUCAAAUUACUCGGUGCUGCGGUCAUUCCUGUCGAGGCAGGCUCAAAAACUCUCAGAGACGCCGUAAAUGAGAGUUUUCGAGUUUGGAUUACGAAGGUGCACGCCGCGUGUCACAUUAUCGGUUCAGCAAUUGGGCCACACCCCUUUCCCACGAUCGUGCGCACUUUCCAGACUGUCAUUGGGGAGGAGACGAAGGCACAAUAUGCUGGACAACGAAAUAAACUACCGGGCGCGGUUGCUGCCUGCAUCGGUGGGGGCAGUAACUGUUUAGGGAUGUUUUACCCGUUUAUUAAUGAUCCAAGUGUGCAGCUUCUGGGAGUCGAAGCCGGGGGUGACGGCCUUGAGACGAAGAGGCAUGCCGCUACCCUAAGUGGCGGCACUAAGGGGGUCUUGCACGGCAGCAGGACAUAUGUGUUGCAGGAUGAGCAUGGACAGAUACAAGAUACCCAUUCCACCUCAGCUCGUCUGGACUAUGCCGGGGUUGGGCGAGUAGAUCUGAGCUGGCCAGAGCUGACUUCUGGAAAAGACUCGGGACGCGCAGAAUUUGUUGCCGUUACCGAUGCUCAAGCUCUCGAGGGGUUCAAGCUGCUCAGUGAGCUGGAGGGGAUCAGUCCUGCUCUAGAAACUGCUCAUGGAAUCUGGGGCGCUGUUGAGCAGGCCAAGACAAUGAAGAAAGGCCAAGAUGUUGUUAUCUGUGUUAGUGGAAGAGGUGACAAAGAUGUGGAAAAUGUGGCGGAGGAACUGCCUAGACAUGGACCAAAAAUUGGGUGGGAUUUGAGGUUCUGA